GAGACGGGACGGCCGGAACCAAUGGACGGCGCCGCCGGGGGACGGUUUGUCCGCUGUCACACCUCGCGACUCCUCCCGCUCCGUGGUUGCCCCUUUCCCGCCCGGCCCUCUGCUCUCUUGGCUCCCCGCUGCCCUCGGGCUUGCUGCGCUCCGCUCCGGGCUCGGGCCGGCGGGCUCGGGGCUCAGGCAGCCACGCGAUGGAUUUAGUGCUGCUGCUGGGGGGCUCGGUGGGCGCCUUUCGGCUGCUCAACAACCUCCUGGAACGCCUGGUGCCGCCGCCCUCCCCGGCGCAGCCCGUCCGCUGGAAGUGGCGCAACAUUUGGACGUCGCUUGCCCACAGCCUGCUGAGCGGCUCCUGGGCCCUCCUCGGAUUCUACUUCUACCCCCCGAUGGGCGAGGAUCUCAUCGACCACUUCUCGCCUUCCGCGCACUGCUUGCUGGGCAUCUCCAUCGGGUAUUUUGUGCAGGACUUCUUGGACAUGAUAUGUAAUCAGAAGCUUCAGAAAUGUUGGGAGCUACUCUUCCAUCACUUUGUGGUGAUUGUUUGCUUUGGCUUUGCCUUCCUGGUUCGUCGCUUUGUGGGUUUCGCAAUGGUGGCUCUGCUGGUGGAGAUCAACUCUGUCUUCCUACACCUGCGGACAAUCCUGCAGAUGGCUGGCUUGGCCAACACCGCCUCCUUCCGCCUCGCCAGCCUUGUCAACCUUGGCACCUACCUGGUGUUCCGUAUCCUGAUCUUGGCUUGGAUGAGCCGCUGGUUGGCCCUUAACCGGGAUAACGUCCCGGCAGUCCCCUAUGCCAUGGGCACAGUGGGCAUGGCCAUCAUGCUGUCCAUCAACAUUGUCCUCUUCUACCGUCUGCUCCGCAGCGACUUCCUCCCAUCUCACAAGAAGUAGCAGCUCCCCGCCAAGCACCAGAGCAAGGGAGAGCGAGCCAGAACAAGGCAGAGCUUCCAAGCAGACGGGGGACAAGAGUUUCCCCAGCUUCUGGGAGCCCCCCUGCUGCCAAGCAAUGCAGACGUGAGCAGGGCCAGCCUUUCCGGAGAGCCCUGUGGAACAGUGUCGUGGUGCUGUUUGGCAGGAAGGCUGGGAGCGAUGACAAUACAGCAAGGUGGCCUUCAUUUUGCCUUCCACGAGGGAGGGGGCUUAUUGAAAUGACUUCACCCUGUGCAUCUGUGUUCUGAUGUUUACUUGUACACUUUCCUGAGCAAGGUGAGCCUCCUGGGAACAGGUGCUCUUCACCUUACCCCUUCCCUUCCACCCCUGCCCCAUGGCAAUAUCCGAGAUGCUGCCAGGCUGUGGAAGGGUGUGGCAGAAAGACUGUCUCACCUUCCCCUCUCUGAUGCCCAUGGCACAGACUCUCUGGAAAUUAGCACUUCUUAAGUAGCCUCCCUGGGAGUUGCUACCUUUCCAUUCAGGGUUUUGAUUGCUAACACUCUGUAGCUAAAUUUCACCAGUGCAGGUACACAAGGGACCGGAACAGACCCAGGCCUUGGGAAUCAUGGGAAUGAAAAAAAAAGCAAGGACGGAUCAAAGCCUCUGGGUUUUGCUGGAAGCAUCACUGUCCAACUUCCCUCCCAAGAGUUACAAGCAAGUCCUGCAGCCCUUCCUUUCCUUUGAGCCCAGGAAGGCAGCAUUCAAGGCUACUCAGGCAUGUUUGCUGCUGUCAGUCUCUGCCCAUUCCAGCUUCCCCAACGGAGCCAAAGGCUAGAUUCCCAGGCCCGUCCCUGGAACUACCACCCUGAUGCCAACUGCCAGUGCCUUUCGCCCACUAAGUGCUGAGUAAUUAUCUCUAAACCUAGGAUUACAAAGCAGUUAUCUGAUUUUUUUUUCUUUGUGUAACAAGAUGUUAGAAGAUGUGUUUGCACACAAUAAUAAAGAAACUUUACUGAAUGCUAAUUUUUUGGCCCUGCUUGUCAGGCAGACAGAGCCUCUGAGGUUGGCGGAGGGGAAGUCUUGGAUCAUGAAAGCAAGGAGUCUGAAGGCAAAGCGGCUGCCCAGGGUGGGAACAUAUG